GGGGCUCAUCUCUACGGAGCUAAGAUGAUCAAGGCAAACCUGGAAAGUGCGGACUUGCGUUGUUGCAAGAUGGGGGACCCGAACGGUCCGGCUGCAAAGAACGCCGACCUCCAAUGGGCCAACUUGACGGACGCCAAUAUGGACGGAAGCGUGUUGUACGGCGUCAACUUCCGCCACGCGACGCUGACUAACGCCAGCCUGCAGGACUGCGACCUCCGCUGCGCUGCGCUUGGCUACGCUGACGUCAUGGGCUGCAAGCUAAGCGGAAGUGACAUGAGCGGUGUCGAUCUCCGGCGAUGAACGUGGCGGUCAACGAGGUACUUGGUUGCGCAACGCAGUGGAGCGCAACGUCAUGUCGCGGCGCAGCUCUUCUACACCGAAACAAAACAGCAAGGGGGAGCCGGCGGCACAAAUGAAGCACGCUCCACCGUAUGUGGAAGACGAGGACUUUGAGAAAGUGGGAACCGUUGGGCGUCAACCCAUCGCCGGUUCAAAUACCAGAACGACCUUGGAACCAUGCGGAAUUGCAUGCAGAAUUGGGACUUCUUUUUGCACCCCCAUCAACGCCACCGUUGUGUUUAGCAGAUGGCGCUUGUGUGUAGCAGAUGUCACAUGCCUGGACCAUGCGCCUACGUAACAGAUAUAAAAAUAAUAGUCACUUCACUAAUGUAACACAACACGAAUAACCCUGUUUUCUUUCAGGAACAAAGUGCUUUUAUUUGUUACUGGCUGAAUUUUCUCCUAGAUUGUUUUUACCCUAUUUCCUCAUGUUCUAUUAUUAUUUUUCUUGAAUUGUAGACUCAACCAUGUAAAGUGAUGACGACCACUGGUGGAGGCUAAGAAGAUGAGAAAACAAUUCUUGUCGAGGAGGCA